AUGAUGUGCUCUAUUCGGGACACACCGGUUUCCAGCUGGGUGAGGUGUCACUACGAUGGUGAUGGCGCAGCCUGUGGUGGAGACGGAAACAAGACGCAAUCCACCGAACGCGACGAGCACAUCUACCACGAGACGCUAGUGCAUCCGGCACUGGUGAUGCAUCCCGACCCCCGCCACGUUUUCAUCGGCGGCGGCGGCGAGGGCGGCACGUUGCGCGAAAUCCUGGCGCAUCGGAGCGUGGAGCACGUGGUCAUGGUGGACCUGGACCAGCAGGUGGUUGACCUGUGUCGGGAGCAUCUGCCGCAACACCAUCAGGGAGCCUUUGACGACCCGCGGGCCGAGCUGGUGUUCGGCGAUGCCCGCGAAUACCUCGAAAACAGCAGCCAGCAAUUCGAUGUGAUGGUCAUGGACUUGGUAGACCCACUGGAGGGCGGCCCGGCUUAUCUGUUGUAUACGGAAGAGUAUUACAACAUCGCCCGGGCCCGAUUGAAACCGGGCGGUAUGCUGGUCACCCAAUCCGGUCCGGCGCGGUACCUGAGUCUGCACGAGUGCUUCACCACAAUCUUCAAGACUCUGGACACCAUCUUUGCUGACGAACGCGCGCCGAUACCUACACAAACACCACGUCCGCGUUACCGUCACGUUGUGGCGGGUAGCAACCAGUGGCAUCCGACACUCCUUUGCCCAGGCUGA